ACUUCAACUGAAAAUCAUUGCAAGAACAAAGACCCCUAUCAAAAUGAUGGUACCCACACAGCUAACUGUUCUCUGUAUCCUGCUGCAUUUGUGGGUUUGAGGAACUCAACAGACAUUGAUGAGUGUGUCGAAGGUUCACACAACUGCAGUCCUAAUGCCUUUUGCAACAAAACCAAGGAGUCGCACAACUGUAAAUGUAAACCUGGAUAUAUUGGGAAUGGGCGAGAGUGCAAAGGGGUUACAUCGUGUAACGAGAUCCAUCAAAAUGGCAUCGCCGAUAUUAGUAGUGUGGUUACCCUUAUUGUUGACUCUAAACCAGUCUCUGUUCUCUGUCACAUGGGUGAUUUUGGAUGUGGAGAUGGUGGAUGGACGCCGGUUUUGAAGAUUGACGGCCGUAAGGCAACCUUUCGCUAUAGUUCUCCUUACUGGAGUGAUUAUGAGGAAUUCAACCAAGUAGGAGGCAAGACUGGUUUUGACGAGCAGGAAUCAAAGCUACCUACCUACUGGAACACGUCUUUCACCAAGAUCUGUCUCGGUAUGAUGAUCGAACAACAGCUCAGGUUCACUGUCAUCAACAAAGAGGGUGACUCUCUGCACUCUCUCAUUGCUGACGGAGAAUUCCGUGCCAUUCCUUUGGGUCGUCAAACAUGGAAGUCACUGAUUGGUUCAAGGGCCUCUUUGCAACUCAACUGCAACAAGGAAGGGUUUAAUGCAGGUGGUGACACUGCCAGAUAUUCCAAAGCAAGGAUUGGUAUUGUUGGCAACUUUGAAAACGAAUGCAACUCAUGUAACUCAAGGAUUGGAUUUGGUUCGGAAGGUAGACCUGAUGACUCGAACACUUGCGGAAACGAGGCGAACCCGAGGGGUCCAGAUAAUGGAGAGAAGCAUAUCAAAGCCAUGGGAUAUAUCUUUGUGCAGUGAAAGAAAAAAAAACGAUUUAAAAGAUAACAAUAAGUUUAACCCAUGCAAUUUUUGAGGAAUACGUGGUACGUAUCACGACACAUUCCAAACUGAGAUCCAAGAUGCAUGAAAGGACAUCUAUUUUUAAUGAUCCGGGUAUCAUUAACCUUUAUUGUAUCGCUGUCGCAUCAUGUUGUCUUGUUAGGUUUACCCUCUAUAUUGUUACAGUGAGUGAUUAAAAGGAUUUUGAGAGUAUAAUGAUAUCAAAUGAAAGAAAGAAACGAAGAGCAAGCCAGCGAAAGACGAGAAACUUAACAGAAGCGAACGCGGAUACUAGCAACCAAAAUUGAACUAACAAUUUGUAUCGAGAUAAAUAUC